CGUGCGAUACCAAUGCGUAUUACAGCUCAGUACUCUUUUACACUCAAAAGACAGCGGCUGUCGUAUUUGUUUCAGACAAAUAUUCGAAUUCAAAAUUGUUACGACCGUUAAACAAGCCGAUCAUGAUUUCGUUUCUGAUCGACUGUUUGGUCAACAACGUUACCUGUCUGAGUUUAAUCACCAUUUUCACUGGCUUAAUCUACUAUCAUUCGACUUCGACGUUUGAUAAAUGGCAAAAAUUGAACAUUCCGUUCAUACCACCAGUGCCACUGUUUGGCAACAUUUUCAAGAUGAUGAUGAGACUUGAACUUCCGAUUGACAUGUCCGAAAGGGUCUACUACAAAUUUACAGACGUCAAACUGUUCGGAUUCUAUGUGAUGAGGGAUCCAAUGCUGUUCGUCCGCGACCCGGAGCUGAUCCAUACGAUACUGGUCAAGGACUUCUCGUAUUUCACCGACCGCGGUAUGGACAUGGAUCCGGCCAUGUCCGUGCUGGGCAAUAGUCUGUUCUUCACAAAAGGUCAGAAAUGGCGGACGAUGCGCCAAAAACUGAGCCCGGGCUUCACUUCCGGAAAAUUGAAGGAUACGUAUAGCCAAAUCAACGAGUGUAGUGACGAGAUGGUGUCCAGAAUUGUUGAGACGCUCAGUAAGACCGAUCGAAUUGACGUGAAAACGGUGUUUACUGGUUUUUCUACGGACGUGAUUGGUACUUGUGCGUUCGGCCUGAAGCUAGACGCAAUCAAGAACGACGAUUCAGACUUCCGUCGGUAUAUCAGGAUACUGUUCCAAGUCACCAAGAAGCAGUUGAUCGUCCAGAUACUGAUGAUGUUUUGUCCAUGGGCGAUGAAGCUGUUAAAAAUACAAAUACUUCCAGUAGAGGCUACCAAUUUUUUCUAUAAGUUGUUCAGCGACGUCUUCGAGUACCGCGAAGAGCACAACGUGGUCCGCAACGAUUUGACUCAGACCCUGUUGCAAGCGCGUAAAGAAUUGGUGUUGAAAGAGAACUUGACCGGUGAAGAUAAAUUCACAGACGCGGAUAUCAUCGGAAACGCGAUACUCUUCUUCGCCGCAGGAUCAGAAACUAUUUCAUCUACGCUUUCUUUUUGCCUAUACGAAUUGGCGUUUAACAAAGAAAUCCAAGACAAAUUACGAGCGGAGAUAUGUGCGAAGAAUGCAAAACACAAUGGACAGUUAAACAACGAUUAUUUGACAGACCUCAAUUACACCAACAUGGUUUUGGAAGAGACUGCUCGCAAGUACACCAUUGCUUUUAGUUUAAUGAGAGAGGCUACAAAAACGUAUACUCUACCAGACGAAUCACUUGUGAUUGAAAAGGGACAAAAAAUCUUAAUACCUAUGUUCAGCAUACAUCGUGAUCCAAAAUAUUACCCCGAUCCCUUGAGAUUUGAUCCGGAGCGAUUUUCUGCGGAACAAAAAUCUCAACGACCUAAUGGCACUUACAUGCCGUUUGGUGACGGACCUCGAGUGUGCAUAGGCAAACGAUUCGCUGAAUCAGAAAUGAAAUUGGCCCUGUCAAAUGUCUUGUCAAAAUUCGAAGUUUCGCCAUGCGAACAGACCGAAAUUCCUCUCCAACUAGCAGUUGCAGCAUCCAGUUUAAUAUCACCGAAAAACAGUGUCGUGUUAAAAUUUAGACCAAUCAUUGAAGCUAUGAUGAUAUCGUUUAUGAUCGACUGUUUGAUCAAUCACGUUACCUGUGUGAGUUUGAUCACUAUUUUCACGGCUCUAUUUUACCAUUAUUCGACUUCGACGUACGGUAAAUGGCGAAAAUUGAAAAUCCCGUACGUGCCUCCAGUGCCACUGUUUGGCAACACGUUCAAAAUGAUGACGAGACUUGAACAUCCGAUUGACACGCUUGAAAAGAUUUACAACCAGUUUCCGGAUCACAAACUGUCCGGGUUCUACCAGAUGAUGGAGCCGAUGCUGUUGGUCCGCGACCCGGAGCUAAUCAACAGGAUACUUACCAAGGACUUCUUGUACUUCACCGACCGCGGUAUUGACACCGACCCGUCCACGUGUAACCUGGCCAAGAAUCUCUUCUUGUCCAACGGACAGAAAUGGCGGUCAAUGCGGCAAAAGCUAAGUCCAGGCUUCACUCCCGGCAAGUUGAAGGACACGUACAGCCAAAUCAACGAAUGUGGCGACGAAAUGGUCUCUAGCAUUGUCGAAACGAUCGAGAAGAAGACCGACCACAUCGAUUUAAAAACAUUAACUGGGAGAUUUUCAACAGACGUGAUCGCCACCUGCGCGUUUGGCCUAAAGCUCGACUCGAUCAAGAACGGUGAUUCGGAAUUUCGACGGUACGUCAAGAUGCUUUUCACGAACACUCCGAAACAGAUGUUUGUAAUGUGGCUGUGGAUGACCUGCCCCAAGGUGAUCAAGUUUUUAAAACCUAAAUUCUUUCCGAAGGAAGCUAUGAAUUUUUUCCAUAAGGUGUUCUCCGACGUUAUCAAGUAUCGUGAAGAGCACAACGUGAUUCGGAACGAUAUUACGCAGACAAUGAUUCAGGCUCGUGAUGAAUUGGUGUUGAAGAAAACUUCGACAACCCAAGUUAAAUUUACCGACGAUGAUAUCAUCUGUAACUCUGUUUUCUUUUUCUCCGCUGGUUCGGAAAACAUUUCGUCUUUGCUAUCUUUUUGCCUGUACGAAUUGGCGCUGAACAAAGAAAUUCAAGACAAAUUACGUAUGGAGAUAUGUUCGAUGAAAGCAAAACACGAUAGAAUGUUAAACAAAGAUUAUUUGACAGACCUCCAUUACACCGACAUGGUUUUGGAAGAGACUGCUCGCAAGUAUUCUAUUGUUUUUAUUUUAAUGAGACAGGCUACAAAAACGUAUACUCUACCAGACGAAUCACUCGUGAUUGAAAAGGGACAAAAAAUCUUAAUACCCAUGUUCAGCAUACAUCGUGAUCCAAAAUAUUACCCCGAUCCCUUGAGAUUUGAUCCGGAGCGAUUUUCUGCGGAACAAAAAUCUCAACGACCUAAUGGCACUUACAUGCCGUUUGGUGACGGACCUCGAGUGUGCAUAGGCAAACGAUUCGCUGAAUCAGAAAUGAAAUUGGCCCUGUCAAAUGUCUUGUCAAAAUUCGAAGUUUCACCAUGCGAACAGACCGAAAUUCCUCUCCAACUAGCAGUUGCAGCAUCCAGUAUAAUAUCACCGAAAAACAGUGUCGUGUUAAAAUUUAGACCAAUCAUUGAACAAUAAUAAUGUAUUAUUUGCAAACUUGUAAUCCCAUAACAAUAAUUUGUAACUAAUUUCUUAUGUAUGU